AUGGGCGCACAGCUUUGCUCUGAAUUUGCAGAGGCACACACCAUGUCUUCUUCACGCCUUCACCCCUACCCAGAGAUACGCGAAGUUGCAAAGGCAGUUGGAAACGCACUUGCUCAUGCUGUUGCGGGCCUCACCUUCGAGGUUGAGGCAAGAACCAACCAUACAACUUACAAGGCAAAAAGGCCUGUAGAGGUCGAGAUCCUUGCACCGCCUGUCCUAUUCAAAGAACCCUCUGAUCAAGAGACCGAGUUGAUCACAGUCGAAGGCACCAAUGUUUUGAAGUCAGCCUUGCUUCUAAAUGCAAAAUGUGGUUCAUUCUCUGAGCGACCGACGACGGAGAAGAGAAGGACCGAUGCUCAGGACAUUCAUUUCCUCCUUCGUUUCUGCGCCAGUCACCCGGAACAUCUUCCAAAGGCCAACGAAGUUCCCAGAGCAGCGAAGGAGUUUGUUGAAGAGCUCAUCCAGGACUUUGGAUCCCCAGAUGCUUGGGUUGGAGCUGGUUAUAACUUCGAGACGGGCCAUUUUGACAGAAAUUAG